CAGAAUAAAGAACAAGCAGAAGGCCCACUCUCUUUGGCGGGAGAAGUACGCGCAACUCGUUCGCGUCUGAGGAAUCGGCCAUUUGUUGGGAGGAAGCAGUGCUGUUCAGUGGAAUUUCACCUCGUGUGCAUUAGAAAUUUCAGUGGCAAGAUGGGCAAGUCACAUCUAGUAUGUGCAGCUAUAAAUUGCAAUAGCAAAGCUUAUAAUUGCAAUUUGUCUUUUUUCCGUUUUCCAAAAGACAAGGAAAGAGCUCUAGUAUGGCUGCUGGAAAGUGGUCGGGAAGACCUGCAAUGUAAAAUUGAUAAGCUGGAUAGUUAUAGAUUAUGUGGGGCUCAUUUUGAGGACAAGUGUUUUAAAAACGAUUUGAAAAACCGUUUGUAUCCACAUGCAAUACCAACAGUAUUUCCUUGUUUAGAAGGUCCAAGCUCUGUGUCAUCGAAAGAGAGCCAAAAGGAACAUAAUUAUGCUAAGAGUUCAUUAAAUCCUCAAACAUUUGAAGAUGUUAAUGAACCUCCUAGCAAAAUUAGAAUUUUACAGGACAUAAUUAUAGUGGCAGCUUCCACAUCUGACUCUGAAAUGCCAAGUUUACCAAGUACACCUCGUAAAGUACCUGUUCCAGUACUCUCUUCCGACAGUACCCAAACUGACUCCAAUUUGUCAUCUAAUUCGCCUAGGAAACAACAACUCAGAAAAGUUGUGAAACAGCUAAGAAAUGAAAAUAACCGUUUAAAAAAGAGAAAUGAAAAACUUGAGCAAGAAUUAGAAUUCCUGUCAUUUGCAAUAUUCUACAUGUUCCACUCAUUAAAACGCCCAUUUGGUGAUAAAUAGCAGUCUGAUUUUUGCAUGAGAGUUUAAUCUCUGUUCGGGGAGUUUAAGUCUGUUCUGUCGGACAAAAUAAAUGUGCCGUUUUCGUGGCCUGACCGUUCCAAAUUUUUAACCUAUUCCACAAUUAAAACUUCCCCUGUUCCAGUGUUCCCAUAUAUCAAAGUUUAUCCGACUAGACACCCUUAAGCUAUUAACAAAUUUUCAGCUUGCUAUUAAUAAACUUUUUUGCAUACGCGGGAUCCAGACCUACUAAUUAUGUGAAAAUUUAAAAUGAAAAUAAACAAUUUAUGAAUGUCA